UCACAAUAUGGCGUCACACGAGGACAAGUUUAUUGACAGUAUUGAGGAGAAUUUAAUAAUCAACAAUAACAUAGACAAUGCAAAAUGGAUACCAUUGUCACUGACGCUUGUCGAGUACCCCAAAGGAGACCUCGUAGGGUUUUUUUUGGCGCUUAUAAGUCUGAUGCCAUUCGCUAUUAUUGCGGGAUUUAUCACCCUCAUCCUAUUCAGGAGGGAUUUACAUACAAUUUUUUAUUUCAUCGGUAUUAUAAUUAACGACAUCGUUGGAUUAAUCCUGAAGCACACGAUAAAAGAAGCAAGACCAAUGAGACGAGAUGUGGUAUAUGUUGAAUAUGGUAUGCCCUCGGCACAUGCCCAGUUCAUGUGGUUUUUCGCUGCAUAUACGACAGUGUUUGUGUGUAUCAGGAUGCAUCAUAACAGCAACAGUACAGUCUCUGAGAAGCUUUGGAGAUGGGCGAUAAUAGGGGGAUGUCUGUCGAUGGCAUCACUCGUGACCUACAGUAGAAUUUACCUGCAUUAUCACACUAUUUCACAAAUCCUGUGGGGAAUGAUGAUCGGUAUUACUAUGGGGAUUGUUUGGUUCUCCAUAACUCAUCUAGUCUUCACACCAUAUUUUCCUGUUAUCGUGACAUGGAAGACAUCUGAAUACUUGCUUCUACGUGAUACAACUCUAAUUCCAAAUGUCUUAUGGUUUGAAUACACGAAUAUUCGAACGGAAACACGUGCCAGAUCAAGAAAACUCGUCUCCAUGAAGUCUCAAUGACGUCUAAUGGUCUCACAAUGGUCUGAUACCAAAUAAAAACAAAUUAAUUUCA